AUGGCCGUCAAGCAAAUCCUUCUGGUGACACUCGGCGGGUGGGCGGCCGCGAGCCCCGUCUCGCCGCUCGCCCCGAGGGAUCCAUCUCCUGAGGCACAAGCCGACACCACCACGCCCGCGAUCCCGACGGUGACCGUGACCCGGACCUUCACCAUCCCAGCUUGGACCAAGACCGACACCGUGACGCGGACUCUCAACUGCACGCGCACUAUCUACGUCCCGGCCGGCUCCCCUUCCAGCACCGCGGCAACCCCCACGGGCGCGGCCCCGGCCCCGGCCCUCCUCGGCCGGCAGACCACUACCAUCUCGCCGCCGCCUCCCACCCCCACCCCUGGCCGGACCGUCACGCGCACCGUGGUCGUCGCCGAGACCGCCACCCGCACCGGCGAUCUGACCAUCUCGGAGUACCUGUGCAGCGCGACAGUCGAGUACGCAUACACAGUCGACGCGACGACGACCGCGACGUUCACGCGCACCCGCUACCCGGCGGACCACACCGUCACGGCCACGACCACCAUCGAGUGUGCGCGGCCGCCACCGCCACCGCCGCCGCGUACAACAUCCGCGCCGCCGCCGCCGGCGGCGGUAAGCAGCGGCAGCGGUAGCGGCAAACCGCCCGCCGAGGUGGCUCUGGAGGAGGCUCGGCAGGCGGUGGAUUCGUCGUCGGAGCCGCUCACGCCGCUGACGACGCUGCACAUCACGCAGACAGUGUACGCGGGCACGACGGUCACGGCCACGGGGUACACGACCCGGUUCGUGUGGCGGUGCAGCGCGAGCAGCACGGCGAGCCCGCCAGCCGCAUCGGAGUCGCCCUGA